CUGGAUGAGCCAGUCAGCAGCACAGCGUUACGGUUCGUCUGCAUAGCGGACACGCAUGGAAGGCUUGGCGAUAUUGUUGAACGCAUCCCAGGUGGCGAUGUGCUCAUUCACGCCGGUGACAUGACGAAUUUUGGUGAAAAGGAGGAACUUAACAAAUUUAAUGAUACCAUCGAUGGCGAAGAUGAGAGUCGGCGUGAUCUCCCCUACAGGGGUCAUGGCACCGCACGCGGCUAUAAGUUAUUAACUAAUUGUACAUAUCUUCAGGACUGCGGAGUGAAGGGCGAGCGUUGGGGCUGCUCGGAGUUGCUGAAUACAAUCGAGAAACGAGUACGACCAAAGUUCCAUGUGUUCGGGCAUGUGCAUGAACAGAACGGGCUGACGAGUAAUGGUGAGACGACGUUCAUCAAUGCUUCAAUAUGUGAUCAUCAGCUCGCUCCAGUCAACAAUCCGAUCAUCUUCGAUAUCGAGCUGCGAGCUGGAACAUCAAAAAAUUCACUUUCUUUUCCUCUCGCAAUUGUGCAAGCUUGA